GGGCAGCAUCCUUGCCUCUUCUCAACACAUCAGUACAGCAUCUCGAUGGCAUAAAGACGUUUAAAGAAUUAAGUUUGAACUGAAACUCUUCUGGACACCAUAAUUUAUAAGAUCAACAGCUGAAGCGAUAUGUCUUUGUUGGUGCAGGAGCAUCGAACGGUGCGCUUCGUGUUUUUGGGCGCAGCCGGAGUUGGAAAAACCGCCCUGAUCAUCCGUUUCUUGCAAGAUCGCUUCGACUCCAAAUACACGCGUACGGUGGAGGAGCUUCACGCUCUCGAAUACGACACAGACGGCGCAAGGGUGCGCAUUGAGAUCUUGGACACCAGCGGUAGUUAUUCCUUCCCAGCGAUGCGCGCUCUGUGCAUCCGUACCGGGGAUGCGUUUGCGCUUGUAUACGCCGCCGACGAGCCAGACUCCCUAGAGGAGGUGCAGCGACUCCGUGAGGAGAUUCUGGAGUUGAAGGGAGAGAAGUUUACGGGCAUCACGGUGAUAGAAAACAAAGCGGACCUGGGCAACCGGAGUCGCCAGGCCACUGCUGAGGUGAUGCGCGCAGUGGAGGAAGACUGGGGCGCGGGGUUUGUGGAGACGUCCGCACGCACUGGCGAGAACGUCACAGGUGUUUUUCGGGACUUGCUUCAGCAGAUGAAGUUACCGAGCCGUGUGAGCCCGGCACUGCGCAGACGGACGCAGACAAUGACCAGAGAACUUACAGAGACGCGGAAAAAGCCUCCAAUGAAGAAGAACAACAGCUGUAUAUUGUCUUAAUGGAUAUUUGCGUGACAUUAUAGUUGUGCAUCAUACUGAUGCUUGAGUGAUCUGGAUCAAUAGACUCCACCUAAAUGUUGGACAGUUUAGUGAGACUGAAUGGCUCUGAUGUUUUAUGAUAAUCAUGUGGGUUUUUUACCAAUUCUGUUUCUGAUCUCUCUAAAUGAGAGCCAGAGUAUUCUUUUAUGAGUGAAUAAAUGCAAAUUAUGUUCUAACCAA